UAAUUAGGUUAGAGCUUUAAGAUUUUUUUCUAUGCAAUUAAGCAUUAUGGUCAUUUGAACAGGAAAAAAAGAUGGUUGCAGUUUCCUUAUAAAAUGAAAUUAGUAUAGGGAUAUUAUGUAUUCAUAUUACCAGAGGAUAUAGCCUAUUCUGUUCACUUUACGCUGCUAUAUGGUUUGUGUUUAUACGAUGGAAAAUACAGCUGUGGUGUAUGAACACAUGGAGACGCGUGUCGCUCUCGCGCGAGGAACCGACUUCCCAGCGCGACCCGCGUCUCCGCGUGACCGUACGCUGGCGCUCGAGGUGUCAUUUUUGGGAACUACGUCCAGGAGCUCCCACCAGCCGCGCCGCGCCCCCGCGCGCUCCAAGAAACUACUUUCGCGCGCAUUUUGUGUUUUUGAUGACUUUCGUGAAGUGCAUAUUUCAGUCGUUGAAAAUAUUCUUCCGUGAGCCAUGCCGAAGUCUAAACCACCUCCGAGCCGCUCUCACAAAAAGAGCAAGAAAGCAAAGAUCAAAAGAAACUUUUGGCUGGAGAAAAAAGCCAAGGAUAACGAAUCUGGAAAACAUCCAAGAAAUAUGAGUGAUGGUUCAGAGCGGAAUAAAACUUCUGAGACGUGUUCGUCAAGUGAAGUCGUCAGGACGCCUAUUCCUGGAUCUCCUGAACUAUCAAUCGCCGAAGAGAUUCCCAUAGAACCACUCCAACCAGAACACAAUGUUGUUGACGAGGGAGACCGUGAAACAACAAACAAAGGAUUCGGUAUUUUAGAUUGGCCAUCUGAAGAAUCAGAAAGUGAACUACCGGAUUUGGUAGUUGAGAAGGACCCUCCACUUAAACCUGUGACUGAUUGUAUAUCAGGAAACCGAUGUGUUGAUAUCGGCCACGUUUUUAAACAAAUGGAAUCCAUAAAACUACACAAAAAUGAAUCCAAUUAG